AUGUCGAGUUUGGAGACAGAGGGCGACACUGUGGCGUACUGCUUGCCCGGUGGACUCGACUUCCAGCGCGUAUACGUCAAGGUCCACGGCUACAUCGCCCUACUUAUUUGUCUCCUGGGCUCCGUCGCAAACUCCGUUAACAUCGCAGUGCUGAGUCGAAAGGAAAUGAUCUCAUCCACCAACUCUAUCCUGACCGCUCUCGCCGUAGCGGACCUUCUGGUUAUGGUGGAUUAUGUACCCUUCGCGUUGCACAUUUACAUUAAAAUCGGCGCAGACCUGAAUCGGAACUCGUACGCGUGGGCGGUUUUCGUUUAUUUCCACUCAAUUUUUAGCCAAACAUUCCAUACGAUAUCUAUAUGGCUCACCAUCACUCUGGCGGUUUGGAGGUACAUAGCGAUCAAGUUCCCGCAGAAGAAUCGUACUCUUUGCAACAAGAGAAACACAAAUAUCGCCAUAGCCAUCGCUUACGCGGUGUGCCCCAUAGCCUGUCUUCCGAUCUACUUUGCCAUGCACAUCCAGGAGCUGCCCGCGGCGAACACGACUAGAGAAACGGUGAACAGCACGAUGCGGUUAAGUGGAGCGGAGACCAGGGAACCGGUAUACGCGCUCACCAUGACCAAUAAUAAGGAGUUGCUGAUAACAAUUUUCUGGAUCUACAGCGUUUUUCUCAAGCUCAUCCCGUGUAUAGUGCUGUCCAUCCUCAGUGUAUGCUUAAUUAUGAAGAUGAAGUCCAGCGACAGAAGAAGGCAGAAAUUGUUGAAUAAAUCGGCGGUUACCGCGACAGAGGGCGAAAAAGGUCGUCUCCACGAGGACGGCAAGCGCGGUGGAGGAGGUGGGGGCCGCACGGACCGCACGACGAGAAUGCUCGUCGCGCUGCUGGGCUUGUUCCUGGCCACGGAGCUACCGCAGGCGUUGUUCGGGCUGCUCGCUGCGAUUGCACCGCAGUUCUUCGAAAUAUGCUAUUACGCAUUCGGUGAGGUUAUGGAUCUAAUGGCACUCGUGGGAUCGGCCGUGAACUUCGUGCUCUACUGCAGCAUGAGUCGCCAAUUCCGAUGCACCUUCACGCGCCUGGCUCGAAAGCUGCUGGCAGUGCCCACGCGCACUGACACUGAGCCCUUCACCACUACGUCCACACUAAAAACGUAG